UCGUCGUAAAUAAUCCAUCAAACAAACAAAUCUCUCGCACUUUCCAGCUUGUACGAAUCGCGACACGCCAUUCAUUUAUCAGUGCCCUAGCUCAGUAUCUCCUCUUCGAUCCACUUCGACCUCGACCCCUCUCGAUCCCUCUCGUUGUUCUCUUCAUCGGAGGGAUUAGGGCAUGUUCUGGGGGCGGCGGCGGAGGGGCGGCGGAGGAGGAGGGGAUGGGGAGAGGGAGCCGGUUCUUUUGGUGUCGGGGAUGGGGGGUUCGAUCCUCAACGCGAGGAGCAAGAAGAAGAGCAAGUUCGAGAUUCGGGUGUGGGUGCGGAUCCUCCUUGCUAAUCUCGAGUUCAAGAAGUAUCUCUGGUCCAUCUACAACCUCGACACUGGAUACACUGAGUCUCUUGAUCCGGAUGUAGAGAUCGUAGUUCCGGAGGAUGACUAUGGGUUGUAUGCUAUUGACAUUUUGGAUCCUUCGUUGUUUGUGAAAUGUUCGCAUCUGACCGAUGUAUACCAUUUCCACGAUAUGAUUGAGAUGCUAAUGGAGUGUGGGUAUAAGAAGGGAACUACAUUAUUUGGGUACGGUUAUGACUUCCGACAAAGCAACAGAACAGAUAAGGCAAUGGAUGGCCUAAAAAUGAAACUUCAGGCAGCAUACAAGGCUUCAGGAGGGAAAAAAGUAAAUAUAGUUUCACAUUCAAUGGGCGGGUUGCUUGUCCAGUGUUUCAUGUCACUACAUGCUGAUGUAUUUAAAAAGUACAUAAACAAAUGGAUUUGCAUAGCAUGCCCUUUUCAAGGUGCUCCAGGAUGCAUCAAUGAUUCUCUCUUGACGGGCUUGCAGUUUGUUUAUGGAUUUGAAAGCUUCUUCUUUGUUUCUAGAUGGAACAUGCACCAACUGUUGGUCGAAUGCCCAUCUAUCUAUGAAAUGCUACCAAAUGCAAAUUUUAAGUGGAAGCAAUUGCCGCUUGUUCUGGUUUGGCGAAAGCAGUCUGGAGAGACGGAAGAAGUUGAGUUGGAGGAAUUUGAUGCAACUAAGUGUGCUUCUUUGUUUGAGGAAGCUUUGAGGAAUAAUGAGCUGAAUUAUAAUGGCAAGUCAGUUGCUCUACCAUUCAAUUUUGAAAUAUUCAAGUGGGCUGCUGAUACUCGCCAGAUUCUUGACAAAGCUCAAUUGCCAAACACUGUCUCCUUCUAUAACAUUUAUGGGAUAUCAUUUGACACUCCAUUUGAUGUUUGCUAUGGCUCUGAAACUUCUCCUAUUGGCGAUUUAUCAGAAGUAUGCCACACAAUGCCUGAGUACACUUAUGUAGAUGGAGAUGGGACUGUUCCUGCUGAAUCAGCUAAGGCUGAUGGAUUCGCAGCGACAGCGAGAGUUGGUAUUAAGGCUACUCACCGAGGGCUGUUGAAGGACGAGCGGGUGUUUCAACUCCUUAAGCAGUGGCUGGGUGUGAGUGAGAAAUCACAACAACGGCAUUCAACGUCGAGCUCCAAAGUGAUGGAUAUGUUUUCAGAGCCAGCUCCGGUUCACUUGGCUUCAAGGGAUCUCUUCUAAUUGGUGGGAUUUUAUUCGGGCGGUUGUCGAGUAUAUUCGUUGUUGCUUAAUUUUUACCUAAUGUAAAAUUAAGCUCCAGUAUGCAAUUGGUCAUUGUGAAUCAUAAGUAAAAUGAAACCAUUCUAUGUAUUGACAGAUUUACGAUAUAGAAAGGCAAUAUAAGAAAGACUUGGGAGUCUGCAGCUAAUUUCUACUCUUGUCAUAGGUACACUGUUACCUUCUGUGGCAUGUCGCGGCUGUAUUAUACAUUGUUAUUUCAUUUUAUAUACGUCCAAUCAUUAUAAACA